AUGAUAGCCGCCCAGUCGUCGGGCAGCGGUGGCGCGCCCCUCCACCCUGAAGACUCUCGAUCUUCUUCAUCGACAAACUCGCCUGCUCCGGCUGACAACGAAGAAUCCGACUUUUUCCACGGCGGAAACGAUUCUGUAUCCUCCCUCGGCGUGCCAAAUAUCGAGGACAUGCAGGUCAGCGACGUGGACGACGAGUGUCUCACUGGCAUAGCCCUGCUGCCCAACGAGAUCAUCAUCAGCGUCUUUGCCAAGCUGAACACCACAUCCGACCUAUUUCAUUGUAUGCUGGUCAGCAAGCGUUGGGCCAAGAAUGCUGUCGAUCUAUUGUGGCAUCGCCCCGCCUGCACCAACUGGAGGAACCAUUCGUCCAUCUGCCAGACUCUGCAGCUGAAGAACCCAUUCUUCGCAUACCGCGACUUUAUCAAGCGGCUGAACCUUGCUGCCAGCGGUCUCGCUGAUAAGAUCAACGAUGGCAGCGUUAUUCCGCUCUCCGUCUGCAGCCGCAUCGAGCGCCUCACGCUGACGAACUGCCGCAACCUGACCGACCAAGGCCUUGUGCCUCUCGUUGAGAACGCCACGGCUCUCCUGGCUUUAGAUGUUUCGGGAGACGAGAACAUCACGGAUGCCUCUAUUCGAACCAUCGCUCAGUACUGCAAGCGACUUCAGGGCCUUAAUAUUUCCGGCUGCCGUCACAUUACGAACGAGAGCAUGAUCGCUCUGGCAGAGAGCUGCAGAUACAUCAAGAGACUUAAACUCAACGAGUGCGCCCAGCUGCAGGAUGUCGCGAUCCAAGCAUUUGCCGAAAACUGCCCUAACAUCCUCGAGAUCGACCUUCACCAGUGCAACCAAAUCCAAAAUGAGCCCAUCACUGCGUUGGUCGCUAAGGGCCAGUCCCUCCGCGAGCUGCGCCUGGCUGGCUGUGAUCUGAUUGAUGAUCAGGCCUUCCUGAACCUGCCCCUCGGCAAGACAUAUGAUCACUUGCGCAUCCUAGAUCUGACUUCGUGCGCUCGCCUGACUGAUGCCGCCGUGAGCAAGAUCAUCGAAGCCGCGCCUCGUCUUCGUAAUCUGGUCCUGGCCAAGUGCCGCAACAUCACCGAUGUCGCCGUACAUGCCAUCGCAAAGCUGGGUAAGAACUUGCAUUAUCUGCACCUGGGUCACUGCGGCCACAUCACAGACGAGGCAGUCAAAACCCUCGUGGCGCACUGCAAUAGAAUACGAUAUAUCGAUCUCGGAUGCUGCACGCUUCUGACCGAUGAUUCCGUCGUUCGCCUCGCCCAGUUGCCAAAGCUCAAGCGUAUCGGUCUCGUCAAGUGCAGUAGUAUCACUGAUGAGUCCGUAUUCGCGCUUGCCCGCGCUAAUCACCGGCCCCGGGCUCGCCGCGACGCCUAUGGUGCUGUCAUCGGCGAAGAGUACUACGCGUCCAGCCUGGAGCGUGUGCACCUCAGCUAUUGCACCAACCUUACCCUCAAAAGCAUUAUUAAGCUACUCAACUACUGCCCUCGACUUACCCACCUUAGUCUGACGGGCGUCACCGCUUUUUUGAGAGAGGAAUUCAGUAAAUUCUGCCGACCUCCACCGUCAGAAUUUACUGAGCAUCAGCGUGGCGUCUUCUGCGUCUUCUCGGGCGCUGGCGUUUCUCGUCUUCGCGACUACGUCAACACGGAUGAUGAGUACGCAUCGUUGAGAGAGUGGCCCCUUCGGUUCCAGCGCAGCCACGCGCCGUCGGCCUCCCGCAUGGCAGACUCUCAUACCAAUUCCCUGAUGAGGCCCAACGUCGGUGGCAGCUCCACAUUACUUGGUAUCGAGGGUCCCUACGGCGAGAUUGACGAGCAAGAGCGUGAAGGUACUGAAGAAGAAGAGGUCUUGGAUGCCGACGGCAACGAGAUGGGGGCGGAUAACCAGCCUCCGACGAUGAACGCGCAAAACCUGGUCAAUAGCAACGCUGCUGCUGGCGUUCCUCCGGCUCCCCCCAGUCAUCCCGUGCCAUCUGCCAACAUGCCGACCCCACCGCCCAUCUACCAACUCCCUCCGCACAACCAAGCCAAUCUGGCGACGUUUCAGCACAUCAUGAAUGCGGUUGCCCACUCGAGACCAUCGCAGCCAACGGCCGUUUCUGGAUACGAUUCCGCAGGUCUCAGCUCGGCUUCAUCUUCACUCCCCGCGACGAUGAUUUCGCCCCAAGGCACCAAUGCCGGGCAGAGCGAUUCGACUGGUCGGCAGGCGUCACCCCCAGGGGCAAGCACCGCCUCGUUGACCAGCCCUCACAACUACGGCAGCGGAAGUAGCUCUCAGACUGGACCUGCUCCUUGA